AUAACUUCAAGUUUAAGCCAUGACUGUGAACAAACUUUAUAAUAUCUUCUACGAAACGUGUUCAUAUGAAUUAACAUGAGCUAAAAUAAAAAAAUUAUUCAAAAACUGGAAAAGCUUUUUUCAACAGUUAGAAAAAUUUAAUAUGGUAGAUCGUUUGAUAAAAGAUUUCAAAAUUGAUGAAAAAAAAGGUUUGGAGGCGCAAAAGUUUAAGUUUCGAAAUAACAACCUAACUGCUGAUCAAGCUAAAAUGGACUUUUGUUUACCAAAUUCUAUUACAAGAGACCAUCGUAUGAUGCUUGCAAUAGUCUCUGCCGGAAACCAAGUCGUGUGUAAUGAAAGAAAGAAAAAAGCUCGAUUUAAACUUGAACACAUUUUUCAAACAUUUAAAAUAAAUGAUAAUCAAAAACUGUCAGAACAAGAUCUUGCUAAAGAUUCUUAUGAACUAAUUAACAGUUGCCCUUUGAUCAAAGGCGAGAACAAUGGUCAAAGACGUUAUUCGAUGGCUGAAAGAUGGAAGAACGAUAGAAUGUUAGUUUAUCAUGCAUGCAAGAACUAUUCUCAAUUGGAAUUGGUUGAUAACAACAUAAAAACCAUCGAAAAAUAAGUUUAUUUGGAAUACUGUGCGAGAUAUUAGGUUUAAUUUUAUUUAGAGUUUGCAUAAAAGUUAUUUAAUUUAUUUUUUAUUAAAGCAUUAAUUUAUCAAGGAUUGGUUUUAUCAAAAAUUUAUAUAAAAGAAGAUUUACUUUUUUUUUCUCCCUAAAAAAAAAUGAAACUAUUUAAAAACAAUUUAAUUUCUUGAAAAUCCAUUCAUUCAUACAUUCAUUGUCUCGAUAAAUUGAAAGUAAAGAACGUCGAACGUCGAAAAGUUAUUUGUUCAAAAGGUUUUCCAAAUAGUUAUAUAAAUAGUGUUCAAAAGUUGUACGAUUUUGUUUAAGAUAAAUUGUCGUUGAAAAAUAA